AUGAGCUUCUCGCAAUCCGCCAGUAGUCGAUUCUCUCCAAGCAGCGGCAGCGCCACAACCACCUACACCGUGGCCAAUCCCUACCGUCGCGCCUACAACGAGCAACCGCAAGCCAUGACCAUGACCAUGCCCUUGAGCGGCCUUUCGCCGCCCUCCAAAGGCUUCUUCGCGCCGUCCUCGAUGCCCAAUUCGAGAACCGAUGCUUCGUCCAAUGGUGUCAUCUCUUCGGCAGUGCCGAGUCGUGGUCGCAGGAGAGAGUCCAUCACAGGGCAGAUGCGUCGAAAGGGCACCGACACCAUCUCGGCCGCUGGCGCCGGUGGUGCUUCGGCCUUGUCCAUGAGUCGUGCUGCCAACGGCGGUCCCGGGUCUCCCACCGGCCGAGGCAUUCCGAUGAUGGCACGCUCGCCUCGCAUGGGCGGUGUCGAGAUGGGUGGCCUCUCGACCUCGUUUGGUGCCGCUGCCGAAGCGCUCUCGCUCUCUUCGUCCAUCACAUCCAACUCGACAGUGGCACCCGGCUCUUUCCAGGCCCGCAGCAAUGCGCAACCUAUCAAGAACGAGGGUCGCUCGCAGGGCCACUCGCAUUUGGGCGUCGAGUGCUUUGGUCCGUCCAGUCUGGACAGCACUAUGCCCAUGCCGAGCCCUGGCAUGAUCACCACCAACUCGAGCGUCAGCGGAGCGUUGGAUAACGGCGUCAAGCGCGACCGUCGCGCUUCGAUCAGCUCGACGGGCACGGUUGGCGACGAUGACGAGAGCAAAGGUGGCAAGCACGAGCAGCUUCACCGUUGCGAGAGCUGUGCCAAAGUGUACCGUCACCCAAGCUGUCUGAUCAAGCACCGAUGGGAGCACACGGUCUACUGGAAGGAAGCGUCCAAGUUCCUCAUGAGCAAGCAUCAGCAGGUGCAGCUGCUCGAGGCUGCGGCCAUUCUGGUGGGCAUGGAUGCCAACGCUCAGUCACUACCUGAGGAGAAGGCGCUGUGGCCGGCUGCGGUCAGUCCUCCGUCGUCUGGGCUGUUGGGAUCCGAGUCGAUCAACUUUGAGACCUUGAUGGCCUCGAAGCGUCGCAACACGGUCUCGAGCCACGCGAGCGGCAGUCCGGCGCGUGGACCGACGCCUUCGUUGGUGCCCAACGACAGCAGCGACGGCAGCACCACAAGCACGUACGAUCCUUCGAUGCGCAGUGUCACUAUGAGCCCUCUGGCUGGUCUGGGCAACAUGCGCCUGACCGAGGGUGAUGGCAAACACCGCCACAUGGGCCGCUACCGUCUCGACGACAGCGCCAGUGGCAGUGGCAGCGGUAGCGGCAGCGAUCGUGCUGACCGCUCCGGCUCCGCCGAGAUGUACGACGACGAAGAGGUGGACGAUGAGGGUCAUCACGACGAUGGCGAGGAGCGCUACGGUGCCGACGCCGGUGGAGACGUGAUGGCCAACAUGGAGAUGGACGAUGUCAACUGA